AUGAGUAACUGCAGCAGCCGCGCGCUGACGCUGCUCAGUAGCGUGUUCGGGGCCUGCGGGCUGCUCCUGGUUGGCAUCGCCGUCAGCACCGACUACUGGCUUUACAUGGAGGAGGGCAUCGUGCUGCAGCAGAACCAGACCACCGAGAUCAAGAUGGCGCUGCACGCCGGGCUCUGGAGGGUCUGCUUCUUCGCCGGCCGGGAGAAGGGCCGGUGCGUGGCAUCAGAAUACUUCCUGGAACCCGAGAUAAACCUGGUGACGGAAAACACGGAGAACAUCUUGAAGACAGUUCGCACGGCCACGCCCUUCCCCAUGGUCAGCCUCUUCCUUGUCUUCACGGCCUUCGUCAUCAGCAACAUCGGCCACAUCCGGCCGCAGAGAACCAUCCUGGCCUUCGUCUCUGGCAUCUUCUUCAUCCUCUCUGGCCUGUCUCUCGUGGUGGGGUUAGUUCUCUACAUCUCCAGCAUCAACGACGAGGUGAUGAAUCGGCCCAGCGGGUCGGAGCAGUAUUUCCACUAUCGCUACGGCUGGUCCUUCGCCUUCGCAGCCUCCUCCUUCCUCCUCAAAGAGGGCGCCGGCGUGAUGUCCGUGUACCUGUUCACCAAGCGCUACGCGGAGGAGGAGAUGUACCGUCCUCACCCGGCCUUCUACCGCCCGCGCCUGAGCGACUGCUCCGACUACUCGGGCCAGUUCCUGCACCCGGAGGUGUGGCACCGCGGGCGCAGCCCCUCCGACAUCUCCAGUGACGUCUCCAUCCAGAUGACCCAGAAUUACCCCCCUGCUAUCAAGUACCCCGAGCACAUGCACAUAUCCACCUCGCCCUGCUAG